AUUGUGUGGAGAUUCCUUGGGCUUUAUAUCUGCCAAUACAUCGCGGCAAAAUUUGAACCACUUCCCGAAUCGCUACACGCAGCGAGGCUGCAAACGUAAUCGAUUACGUCCCUUUUCGUAAACAAUACACGCUUCGAUACGCGCUUCACUAAACACUUCCGGGAUUUGUGGGCACAGGCUUCCAAGCAUCGUUGCAGUCUGAUCAGAACUGUUACGCAAUGGCUCAAGGCUGCCUCAAGUGUUUAAAGUACACCAUGUGUGUCACCAACUUCCUUUGUUUUCUGAGUGGUGUGGCAUUGCUGGGCUUUGGUGUGUUCAUGAUGGUCAACUUUAAGGUAGCCGCACUCUUCCCUGACUUGCCCAUCUUCAACUUGAACAACAUACUGCUCACCACUGGCAUCAUCAUUACUUGUGUGUCCUUCCUGGGCUUCCUGGGUGCUCUGAAGGAGAACCGCUGUCUCCUCCUGAUGUUUUUCGUGUUGCUGUUUUUGAUGAUGUUGGCGGAGCUGACUGCAGCAUGCCUGUUACUCAUAUAUGACAAUAAGGUAGAUGCUACGGUGAAAGACAAUCUCAGUGCUAGCUUGGAAAAGGCCAAAGGACAGAGCAGCAAUUCAACAGAGGUGAUCAAUACGUGGAACUGGGUCCAGACGAAUCUCCAAUGCUGUGGAAUCAUGAAUGCGACGGACUGGGGAGAAAGAGUGCCAUCAUCUUGCCGCAGGCCUACAGAGCCCACCACCUACUGGCCACAGGGUUGUUUGAUUAGGGUUAGGAACUGGUGCGAAGAGCAUUUCCUAUUCAUUGGGAUUUCAGUCAUCGUGCUCUGCAUUAUCGAGGUAAGGUGAUGAAGAUACUAAACUAUAUGUAACCACCAAAUGUUUUUUUUUAAACUUCUCCAUUCUUAAUCCAAGUGCAUCAACUUUGUUUAGUCGGUGGCAUGUUUCAUCAAAAAAUCUCUGAUGAACCCAUUGUACCUUACCUAUCAUAAGACCAGCUGCAAUGUUAGUGACUAGACCAGAGCUAAAAGAAGAGUGGACACUGGGCUUAUCUUCAUCAAGUGACUAGAAAUGAGACUAAAUGACACUCAUGUUGCUCCUGUUCACUGGAUCUGUAAAUGUGCAAAUGUUGCUAAUAAGUUAGCCUAUGUCGUGUCUCAAAUCCCUCUAUCAGCUCACUACUCCCUCUGUGGAACAGAAUUGGUAGUUCACAUUAUGGCAUGUGCUAAACUGAGAUUGUGGAUAAGUAGUGACAAGUGUAGUGUGGCAUGCCAUGUUUUGCAUUAUUAAACUGCACUACAUUGUGGGGGUGUUAGCAGAAGGGAGAAGACUAGACAUUGUUCCAUUGUGGGGAUUUUUCAGGGUGUUAUAUGUGCCAAAAGUAGACAUGAAAAUAAAUGGUGGGCAGUACUUAAAAGGAUGGUUCAUUUGCUGUUACUUUCAGCUUGUUGUCAAAACCUAAGACAGUUUUAAGACUGUCCAGGUCUGCUCACUAUCAGUGAUAAAAAAUCUUUUUCACAAGAAAAUAUUUUGCUCUUGAAACAAACUUUAAAACAAUUAUUUCACACACUGACCUUGCAGCAUUGAUAUUUUCACUGCUUACCAAUGUCGGACCAACUUUCCAAUGUGCUAUGAAGUGCCACAAAUAUUAGUGUUGGUUUUCACAGGUCAAGUAACAACUACAAGAACAUAGACACAAACCAAAUUGACAAGUUGAUCCGUUUUUUUUUUUGUUUGUUUUUGUUUUUUUAUACAUAUAAAUUUAACUCUGCCAAAAAGAUGCGGUUAUCUUCUGCUUCAUAUUUAAACUAACAUUUUACCUAGCGAGUAUGUUCUCUUAACACAAUUUCAUUC